AUGGGUAGACGAGCGGGCUCCCCUGCACGUUCCGAAAAUGAAUUCGAUAUCGGAAGCGCAUUGUUCGGAGGCGAUGCGGACUUCGACACAUCUCCCUCAGACGGGCAAAAUGGGGCUCUACAAGACGGUGAUGACCUGGACGUUAUGGCAGACGACUCGGGCCUUGACGACGAGACCAUCAUUGCUGCGCAACAAGCAGCGUCAAAUCGCAAGGGCUCGAACCUCAAAGGCCGAACGGUGAAAAAGGGCGGUGGUUUUCAGGCCAUGGGCCUCAACGCCAAUCUUCUCAAGGCCAUAACGAGAAAGGGAUUUUCUGUUCCUACGCCGAUCCAGCGCAAGACUAUACCACUUCUUCUCAAUGACAAGGAUGUCGUGGGAAUGGCGCGGACAGGGUCGGGCAAGACGGCGGCCUUCGUCAUCCCUCUGAUUGAAAAGCUCAAAGUUCAUAGCUCCAAAGUCGGAGCCAGAGCAUUGAUUAUGUCGCCCUCAAGAGAACUGGCACUGCAGACAUUACAGGUGGUCAAGGAACUUGGACGUGGCUCAGACCUGAGAUCUAUUCUACUCGUGGGCGGAGACAGCCUGGAGCAACAAUUCUCGGCCAUGGCCAAUAAUCCCGACAUAAUCAUCGCUACCCCCGGAAGAUUUCUUCACCUGAAAGUUGAGAUGAGCUUGGAUCUUUCAAGCAUGAAGUAUGUUGUCUUCGACGAGGCUGACCGAUUAUUUGAAAUGGGAUUCGCCGCCCAACUGACGGAGAUUCUUCAUGCGUUGCCGGCUUCCAGGCAGACGCUCCUUUUCUCUGCGACAUUGCCAAAGACACUGGUCGAGUUUGCCCGCGCUGGUCUGCAAGAUCCAGUGCUGGUCCGUCUGGAUGCUGACAGCAAGAUCUCUCCCGAUCUGCAAAGCGCGUUCUUCACCCUAAAGUCCUCUGAGAAGGAGGGUGCCUUACUGCAUCUGCUCCAAGACAUCAUCAAAGUCCCGACGAGUUCCCAGUUGAUCUCAUCUACGACGCAUACAGAAAGAUCCAAGCCUGGCAAAAAGCGGAAGAGGGAAGAUACGGAGGAGAGCCGCGGUCCUAGUUCCGAUCCGUAUUCGACCAUUGUCUUCGCUGCGACCAAGCAUCAUGUUGAAUACCUUGCACAGCUACUUCGGCUGGCUGGAUAUGCCGUGUCAUAUGCCUAUGGAUCCCUUGACCAGACAGCCCGGAAGACCCAAGUCCAUGCAUUCCGGACCGGCCAGACAAAUAUCUUGGUGGUGACCGAUGUGGCUGCGCGAGGUAUUGAUAUUCCGGUACUGGCCAAUGUCAUCAACUAUGACUUCCCCUCACAGCCUAAAAUAUAUCUCCACCGAGUUGGUCGAACGGCGAGAGCAGGCCAAAAGGGAUGGAGUUACAGUUUGGUCCGAGAUGCGGAUGCCCCCUACCUGCUUGACUUGCAGUUGUUCCUCGGGCGCAAACUGACAGUGGGGCGGGCUAACAAUGACCACGUCAACUUCGCCCAGGAUGUGGUGGUUGGAUCAUUUCGGCGAGAAGAACUGCAAACCGGAUGUGAAUGGGUGUCAAAGUCUCUGGAUCGCGAUGCAGAUCUGGGGGCGCUUCGCUCCGUGGCAGACAAGGGCGAGAAGUUGUACCAACGGACACGAAACUCGGCAUCGGCAGAGAGCGCUAAGAGAUCGAAACAGCUCGUGUCCGCCCAGUCGUGGUCAGAAUUACACCCUCUCUUCAACGACCGAGCGGAUGACCUGGAAGCAGAAAGAGAGAAGAUGCUUGCGCGAGUGGGAGGCUUUCGACCACAAGAAUCAAUCUUCGAGAUUGGAGCUCGCCGCGGUGGCCGUAAGAACAACGAAGAUGCCGUAGAUGCUAUCAGGAAGAUCCGCUCCGGAUUUGCGAACCGGAAGCAGAAGUCUUUAGACGCCGCGCAAGCCCAAAAGGGCACCUUUGAUGAAGAUGCCACCGCUGGGUCUGCAGGGAAACCAACGCCAGGCGCCAAUGGGGAUGAAUCCGAAUCCGAAUUAAAUGACGCCAUGUCGACGGCGUCAUCAUCCGAGCUCGAAAUCACAUUUUCCGAACCGCAUUCGAAAAAGCAGAAGGCGAACCCAUCUGGCGAUGACGGCAGCUCGUUCCGAGACCCGGAGAACUUCAUGUCCUACCACCCUUCGUCGACCAACCUCACCGACGACCGCGCCUACGGCGUGCACUCGGGCAGCAACACCAACUUCGCGGAGGCGGCGCGCUCGGUGACCAUGGACCUGGCCAUGGACGAGUCGGGCAAGAAGUUCGGGGAGGCGCGGUCCAUCAUGCGCUGGGACAAGCGGCACAAGAAAUACGUGCGCCGGGACAACGACGACGACGGGUCCAAGAACAACAAGCGGCUGGUCCGCGGCGAAUCCGGAGUCAAGAUCGCCGCCAGUUUCCGGAGCGGCCGCUUCGAUCGCUGGAGGAAGGACAAUCGCGUCGGCCGCUUCCCGCGCGUUGGCGAGGCCGAAGGCAACGCCACGCCUGGAGCAGGGGCCACUGGCCAUGCCGGCCCAGAUGGCCUGGGAGGCAAGCGGUUCCUCCACAAGUCCCAAAAGGCGCCCAAGGCCCCCGACCGCUUGCGCGACGACUAUGAGAAGCAGAAGCAGAAGACUACAAAGGCCCAGGAGCGCGAUUCGAGCAUGGGCAUGCACGGCAAGAAGGAAAUCAGGUCCGUCGACCAUAUGGUCAAGGAGCGGCGAGCCAAGGAGAAGAGACGCGACAAGAAUGCUCGGCCCAGGCGGAAGGGGAGGGCGUAA